AUGUCGGUUAAAACCCCAACCCUCUCCCCCUUCAUCCUCUUCUGCAGUGCAACACGUAAAUCCUUGGCUGACCGAUAUCCAACUCUCACCGCCACAGAUAUUCAAAAGCAUCUGGAAGUUGUAUGGAUCACCAUGUGUGAUGAAGAGAAAAGAUCUUAUCAGGAGGAAUACAACAGGAUUCUUCUUCAAAGUCAACCAAACUUCGUAGACAAUUUUGGGCGUGUCAAAAGACCGAGAAAUGGGUUUCUAGUUUACCGUAAUGCGAAACCGUAUGGCUCUUCCGAAAAUCUUGCAAAAAUAUGGAGAGAGAUGACAGUCGAAGAUAAAAGACCUUAUGAGGAGGAAGCAAAACGGGUAAACAAAUUGCAUAAGGAGCUGCACCCGAACUACAAAUGGAACAGUAAAAAAGAACAAGGAUGUCGAAAUCCAUCAAAACGUCCUCCAAAGAGCUAUUCGCUUUUCCUCAAAGCAAAAUAUAAUGAAGUUAUGAAAUCUGCGGAAGUGAAGAGUGAAAAUGAAGUGACGAAGAGAAUUAAAGAAAUAUGGAAGAAAACAUCAAAAGAGGACAGGCAACCAUAUAUUCAAGAGGCAAAGAGACUGUCGAAUGAAUGGUAUAAGAACUGCACAAACUGCGAUCACCUGAAACUUCCUUCGAUCCCGCAGGGUUCAUCUCACUUACAGUCUUCAUUCGACAUGAUGAAUUUUGAAGUUUCACAACCAAGUGCGCCAAUGGAUCUAACGUUGGGAAUGACUGACCUAACACUCAGCUCAUGGACUUCACAGUAUCCCUCUUUAUCCCAACAAUGA